AUGACAUAUUUAACUUGGAUUUUAUUUUUCAUAUUUCGUCUUGAAUGUUUUUUCGUUUCAUUCCUAUAUCAAAAGCACAUUCUGAUUCAGCUUUACUUGAUUCAACGACAAACACAAGAACGAACUUCUAGUCUUACGAUUGACAUGGCCAACGCGACUGAUCCAAUGCAUCCACCUCCCUACACAGCUCAUGACGAACUCAAAGCUAGUGGAGGAUAUCAACAACAAAUGCCACCACAGCCACCCAUACAACCCACCUAUUUCGCUGCACCGCCGCCACCUGCAGUACCAAUGUAUGCUCCAGCGACAGUUUUCCAACCGAUCUUGAGCACUGCACUAUUAGGCCGUACUCCGGUUGCGGUACAAUGUCCAAGAUGUCAACAGCAGAUUGUGACUGUUGUUCAGUAUGAAACUGGUGGUGGCACUUGGCUCAUUGCACUGCUAAUCUGUAUUUUUGGUGGUGUUUUUGGUUGUUGUCUGAUCCCAUUUUGUGUGCCAGACUGUCAAGAUGCUGUACACACGUGUCCUGCGUGUCGAAGUCUAGUUGGUCGACGAAAUGUUAUUUAG